AUGAAGUUCCAUCUUUUCUUCUCGCUCCUCCCUCUGGUCAGCCCUGUCUGGGCUGCAGCAAUUCCUUCAGGAUGUCCCCUCGAUCCUCAAUCCAAGGAGUAUUGUCAGGGCACGAAAAAUGAUGCCUCCUUGAAGGGUACUUAUUUAUGCGGCGACAAACUCCUCGGACCUCUGGACUUCCGCACCAACACCACCCUUGGUACCAUGCUGGACAAUUACAAGCCCUUUGGCGCAUUGUGCCCCGGCGACUUCCUAAAGAAGUACAAAGUAAGCGGCCAAGAUCGAUUCUCCUACCCUCCUCAGGACGGCUUUCAACUCGCAAAAGUUGGGAACGACGCCGUCCCCAUAUAUAACAAGAAUAUCACCUUGAACAUCAAUUUCAUGCUGGACCGAUUUGGUGGCGAGGGCGGCAAGUUUCUGUCCGACUAUCAAACACCCUACGAGAAACGGGCUCUCCCACCUGGUAAUCUUGAGGAGCGGCCUGGUCAGCCUGGGACGUUGAGCCGCCGGAAUAACUACUAUGUAUACCGAGUUGUCAAAGCAUUUACCGUUUUGAGUGGACCUAUUGCUCCUUGGUUUGAGCAGCCCGGCAUGGGUAUUCAGUACCUGUUGGAUAGGAAUGUGUCGUCCUACGUGCUGGAGGGGUACUUGGAGAGGGUGCCGGCGAAGUAA